GGCCUUCAAAAACCCAUCAAGCCCUCUCACUUUUUUCCCAUCAAUUCAUUCAUUCUGAUUCUUCAUCCAUAUCCAAAAAAUCUCCCAUAAUGGGUCUGGUUAGAUCUUCUUCCGCCAUGUCUAUGUUGCUGUUGAUGCUGUUAACAGUAUCAUCUGCCAUGGACAUGUCCAUCAUUUCCUACGACCAAAGUCAUGGAAUCAAAUCGAGCUGGAGGACCGACGACGAAGUCAUGGCCUUGUACGAGGAGUGGCUUGUGAAGCAUGGUAAGUUCUACAACGCAAUCGGGGAGAAGGAGAAGAGGUUUGAGAACUUCAAGGACAAUCUCAGGUUCAUCGAUGAGCAUAACUCGGAGGAGAAGAGUUACAAGGUCGGUUUAAACAAGUUCGCCGAUCUGAGUAACGAGGAGUACAGGUCUACAUAUUUGGGUACCAAAUCGAGGAAGAGGACCCCGAAAUCUAGCGAUCGGUAUAAGUCACGUGUGGGUGAUUCGUUGCCGGAUUUCGUCGAUUGGAGGAAGGAAGGUGCCGUCCCUGAGGUCAAAGACCAGGGAGGUUGCGGGAGUUGCUGGGCGUUCUCAACAAUUGGCGCAGUGGAAGGGAUUAACAAGAUAGUUACUGGUGAGUUGAUCACUCUAUCGGAGCAGGAGCUGGUCGACUGUGAUACAUCAUAUAACGCGGGAUGUAAUGGGGGUUUAAUGGACUAUGCAUUUGAGUUCAUCAUCAACAAUGGUGGGAUUGACUCCGACGAGGAUUAUCCCUACAAGGGGACUGAUGGUCGUUGUGACACCGUUAGGCAAAAUGCUAGGGUUGUGUCCAUUGAUUCCUAUGAAGAUGUUUCUGCAAAUGAUGAGGGGUCAUUGAAAACUGCAGUUGCAAAUCAGCCAGUUAGCGUUGCCAUUGAAGCGGGUGGCAGGGCUUUUCAGUUAUAUGAAUCGGGUGUAUUCACAGGAAAAUGCGGUACAGCACUGGACCAUGGUGUUGUGGCGGUCGGAUAUGGCACAGAGAAUGGCAAAGAUUAUUGGAUUGUGAGAAACUCGUGGGGAAAGAGCUGGGGAGAGGCAGGCUACAUCAGGUUGGAGCGAAAUGUUGCCACUCCUUCCGGAAAGUGUGGAAUUGCCAUUGAGCCUUCAUACCCUAUCAAAAAAGGCCACAAUCCCCCUAACCCAGGUCCAUCUCCUCCAUCACCUGUGAAACCCCCAACCGUUUGUGAUAGUUACUACACAUGUCCGGAGAGCACCACCUGCUGCUGUGUCUAUCAGUAUGGCAGCUAUUGCUUCGCAUGGGGAUGCUGCCCUCUCGAUGGUGCCACUUGCUGCGAUGAUCACUAUAGCUGCUGCCCUCAUGACUACCCUGUCUGUAACAUUAAUGAGGGAACCUGCUUGACGAGCAAGAACAACCCGUUGGGCAUCAAGGCACUGAGGCGUACUCCUGCCAAGCCUUAUUGGGCUCAUGGAAGCGAGCGCAAAGCAAACACUGCAUAAGUAAAUUGGGUUAGCAUUUUCAGGUGGUGGUUGAUAUGGAAUAAGGGAAGGACAAACGGAUCACUGCAGCAUUGUGAUUUGAGGUUCUGCUGCUUGUUUUUAUAGAACUGCUCACCUUCAUUUCCAUUGUUAGCAAUCGAUGGAUGGUCUACAAUAUAUUCUAUUCACCAGACAAUGUUUGUGUGUAUAGCUGGCCAUUUAUAUGUUUCUUAAAUUUGAUCUGAUAAACAAAAAACAGAAUUGUCUUCAAAUUCCAAUGCCUGUAAAUCUUGUUAGCAAUUAGCGAUGGCUCUUAUGCAAGUCGCUUGUCAUCUUGCUGGGACUUGUAGAUGAAUGAAUUCAUGAAAAAUUUUUUGCUUUUCCCUUAUUUAA